AUGGACGCCUCGAACCUACAAAUCUAUUGGCAUGAAUCGCAACCUAUCUACAGCGUGUCUUUCCAGUCCCAUAGCGACACUGGAAGUCUCAAACGAAGGCUUGUAACUGCUGGCGGAGACAACAAGAUUCGAGUAUGGCAAUUGAACUUUUCGGCUGAGAAUUACAGGAAAGUCGAAACCAUCGAUUUUCUAUCAUCGAUGGCACAGCAUGAACAAGCGGUAAACGUUGUGAGAUUCAAUUCCAGUCAGACUUUACUGGCCAGUGGGAGUGACGACGGGCAACUUUUCCUGUGGGAGAAAAACGACAAGAUGGUGCAAGAGUUUGGCGUUGAAGAAGAAGAGUUGGCAGAGUUCAAGGAAUGUUGGUACAUUUCCAAGCGCUUGAGAUCAACUUCGACAACAGGUGGAUCGGAAAUUUACGAUUUAUGCUGGAGUCCCGACGAUACUCACAUUGUAACGGCAUCCAUGGACAAUACAGUACGGAUUUUUAACGUGGAGACGGGUCAUUGCACUGCUUCGUGUAGUGAGCAUCAUCACUACGCACAGGGGGUUGCUUGGGAUCCAUUGAAUGCAUUUAUCAUUUCUCAAUCUGCGGACAGAUCCGUAAACGUCUACAACAUUUUGCGUGAUGACCAAGGUUCAAUUACAGGUUUACAACUUAGAAACAAAAUUGUCAAAGGUGAUGUGCCUACAAGGAGUGAUUCUGAUUGCAGACAGCUCCACCUCGACUCUACCAAACAGAUCUUUUUAUUCCACAAUGAAACUCUGCCGUCGUUUUUCAGACGACCCGCAUUGUCCCCGUGUGGAUCCCUGCUAUGCUGUCCAGCAGGUAUUCUCAAAUCGUGCUCCUCCCAAGCAGAGACGAAUUCAGAAGAGGUUAUCAAUGCGGUUCACAUUUUCACAAGAUCUUCUCUCGUGCAUAACAGUAACCGGCCCGUUCUGACACUCCCAUUUCUGAAAAGGCCCGCAUUGGUAUGUGCUUUCAAUCCGUUAGGUUUCGAAAUUACUGCUGGCAGUAAGCCUUACAUUAAUCUGCCAUAUAAAUUGGUAUUCGCCGUUGCGACUUCAAAUGAGGUGCUCAUUUAUGAUACAGAAACUAUUCAGCCCGUGUCGAUCAUAGGCAAUUUACACUAUGCCCCGCUGACGGAUGUGAGCUGGUCCGAGGACGGCCUCAUGCUAAUGGUGUCCUCGACAGACGGGUUUUGUUCUUACGUGUCAAUAGAGAAGGAUCUAUUUGGUUCGGUUUACAGGGGUCAAUUCCCCAAACCAACGCCCGUGAAACCGUUAGUUAAGAAACAUGAAGAACCAAAAACAAGCAUUGUAAAUGUUUUGCCAGUGAGGCGGAAACCUGCGUCAGAAAAGCCGGAUUCGAGGACAAAUGACAGUAAUGGAAACGCGCCGAAACGCAGAGUGCAGACUGCCGUAGUAAAUAAAACGUAA